AUGGCACAAACAGCGGGAGUAAAACCAUUCCCCAUAGCUGGACGCGUCGCUUCAGAGAGAGAGCGUUGUAUUGGCAUGACCCACGUUGAGAGACAAUGGAGAAAACAGUGGUUACAAGAUCAGAUCCUAUCAAAGAACGAACCAGUAUUUGUUGAGCAGUACUGGAGGGAGCGAAUUAACCCCAUUCGGCGUUUGUACCGAAUGCCUUUGGAUUUAGUCUUCGGUGUUCUCACCGGAGUAUUAGGAGAAAAUAGGGCUGCAGAUUAUCGAUACAUAACUGGAAAGCUAGGAUUAAUAGCCGUCGGUGUCUUAUCUGCGCAUUAUUAUUUCAAAUAUGGCGGCAAUGAUUGGACGAAAAAGGGCGGUUUCAGAGUUUUGACUUCCAAGCCGAUGGUGCUACCGGGUCAAGAAGGCUUUCCAUUCAUAACUAACAAGAAAGUCGAUGACUAUGCGGAUAGAGGUUUCAAGAAGUCUGUUCUCUAUAAAUAG